UCAGUCAGUUCUGCCACUUCUCACGAAGCAGUAGCUAUGGAGAUGGCUGACAAGCCCUCAGAUCAUAUAUACGAGAACAUGGCCAUCAAGCAGCCACGAGCCCAGAGACCCGAGGCACAGCAAAAGGUAUCAAGGAGUUCUGAUUCUUCAACAGCUUCCUGUGGUUGGGCUGUGUGGCUUCUUGCAGCUCUGAGCUGCCUGCUACUGGCAGUCAAUAUAGCCCUGGGGGUGCUCUACUUCAGAACACGUAAAGACUACCAUGAAACCAGCUUCAGCCUGGAUCAGAUAACUGCAGAGCACCACAACCUGAGCAAAACUGUUGCAGACUGGAAGAAGAACGGUUGUAACAUGUGUCCAAAGAACUGGGUGCUGUUCAAUGACAUGUGUUACUACUUCUCACUGGACAAACUGACCUGGAAUUCAAGCCGGGAUGCCUGCAUUUCUGCUGGGGGAGACCUGGUGACUAUACAGAGCUCACAGGAGCAGGCAUUCUUAAAGCAACAGAUCAAUGCACUCCACUGGGUUGGACUCACUGAUGUGGUAACAGAAGGGGACUGGCGCUGGUUGGACAACACGCCUCUAAAUGAGAGUACAACAUCCUGGGGCAAACCGCCUGAUGACUGGAAAGUAGAGGACCCGACUGGGGAAGAUUGUGCACUUUUAAGUGAAACUGGCCUUUAUGAUGUAUCCUGUGGAAAGAAAUACGAAUGCAUCUGUGAAAAAGUAGCACCUAUAAUAUGAAAGCAGUUGCCUGACAUCAGUAUUCACAGUGCUGUGGCAGCAGAAUGUAAUCUGGCAUUCAUUCAUCAUUCACAUCCUUGAUAAAUCACUUCUGUUGUACAUAACAAAAAAAAAAAAAGAACUCCCUCAUAAAAACCAGUCUGCAACUCACCCAGCGCACUGCUGACCGUGUAUCUGUAUUGAAAUGCGCUUCAGCUGUCUUCAUUUUCUAGUUGUGAUUUGUAAGUUUACACCUGGUGGUCAAGACCUGCAUUUGUGAUUUUGAUUUUAAAACUCCAGCACUUUUUUUUUAUUGAUCUGUCCAGUAUCUAUAGGUCCCAAGUUUGUCCAGACUGUUUGUAGCGGAUGAUGACGUUUUGGACAUUAAUUAAUCUGACCUCAAUUAUUCCAUUUAAAAUCAAAGAAAACAACAAAAUGGGUUUAUUAAAAAUGAUCUAAUUUGCAACUUGAAAACCCAUCAAGGAAUGGAGUGUACAUACCAUCAGGUGCUGAUAAUGAUAAACUGCAGUUUUUUUUUACAUAAACCUAAAACAGUUUAAUCCACUUUUUACCUUCAUCUGCUUAUUCACACUCUAGUCUUGCGCUGAGCGCUGAGGCCUGGAACCAGCCAAGAUUGACCUUCAGUCUUACAGAUCGGUUAUAUUUUGUGGGUUGCACAAUGGCUGUCGCGGGUCUGCAGGUUUUAAUGUCCAUCUGCAGGUCUGACCUGUGAGAUGCAGGUCACGUGGAUGGUCUGUCACUAUGUCUUCACUCGUCCUUUUUCUAUGAAAUUGAAUGCAGUUCUCUCUCAUCACUGCAUUAUACAACCUUGUCAUAGCCUCCUUGGCUUUCUUAUUUAAGACUUUCUUAUUUCUGUAUUUUUGUGACCAGCAUGCAAAACCUAACAUGGCAAUCAAAGCAUUCAAAAUCCUAAAAGGUAUUGACAAUGUUGACCCAGGGGACUUUUUCAACCUGAAAAAAGAAACAAGGACCAGGGGUCACAAAUGGAGAUUAGGUAAAGGGGCAUUCAGAACAGAAAAUAGGAGGCACUUUUUUACACAGAGAAUUGUGAGGGUCUGGAACCCCCAGUAAUGUUGUUGAAGCUGACGCCCUGGGAUCCUUCAAGAAGCUGCUUGAUGAGGUUCUGGGAUCAAUAAGCUACUAACAACCAAACGAGCAAGAUGGGCUGAAUGGGGCCUCCUCUCGUUUGUAAACUUUCUUAUGGAUUAACAUACGUCUUAACCAAAAACUAACCAGGUUUAAUUAAAUAACUGUUUAAGAUGGCACCUGCUCUUAUCCGAAAAGACUCUUGAUCUGAAUCCAGCCGUAUUGGAUCUUUCUUCCGUAGUUACUGUGGUAAUUGACUGCAAUGUAAUUAAUAU